AUGGGGGCGGCUGACAUCAACGAUCCUUUUACACCGGGGUUCUCGGAAUUUGUCAACAAGGCCCUUGAUGACUGGAAGCUUGCAGGUAUCUCAAUCGCCGUCGUUGAUGGGGACGACGUCUUUUCAAAGGGAUAUGGGUUCGCGACUUUGCCAGAUGUCCCAUCUACACCAGAGACCCUUUGGUAUGGCGGAUCAACAACAAAAGCAUUUGUGACAGCAACCCUGGCUCAUUUGAUCGAGACUAAGAAAUACCCUGCUCUUUCUAGUGGGUGGCAGACUCGAGUCUCGUCGAUUAUUCGAGAUGACUUUGUCACGCAAGAUGAUUGGGCAACAAACAAUAUUACACUUGAGGACCUAGCAUGCCAUAGAUCGGGUCUGCGCAACAAUGAUGUGGGUAUUCGUUUGCAUGGAAACGGGCAUCCAUGGGAGAUUCAAGAUAUCGUCCGCAAUCUUCGGCAUGUGCCCCUUCAAUGGCAGCCUCGAACAGAGUUUGAUUAUAACAACGAAGGUUAUGCAACGCUGUCGUACGUAAUUGAGAAGGUGACUGGGAAGUGGCUUGGUGAUGUGCUCAAAGAAACUAUCUGGGACCCUCUUGGGAUGACAUCUACAUACCUUGACUUGCAGCAAGCUAAAGACGCACCAGAAGAUCUAUCAACAGGCUACUACUGGGACACUUCUGAAAAGAAAUAUGCGUCUAUCCCAUUCUUACCCACCAAGAUCGUCAGCGGAGCAGGAGCUAUCAUUUCCAACGUCACUGACUAUACUAAAUGGAUCAGAUGUCUACUCCGUAAAGAAAGGCCUUUGUCAGAAGCGGUGCACAAUGACAUACAGAAACCACGAGUCGUGGAUAAUCCAGAACCUGCUCGCGGUAUGGAUGUGUCCCUGUAUGGAUUAUCCUGGUGGCGCACAUCUAUUCACGGCCAUGUGGUCUAUUGGCAUUCUGGAUCUGUCGUGUCUCACGGCGCGCUAAUCUACUGGCUCCCAGAGCUAGACUACGGGGUUGUUCUCCUAUCAAACUAUCCUAACCCUGUGAGAGAAGUCAUUAUGAGGCGACUAGUUUAUGACAAACUUGGGGUCCCAGCAAAUGAACGCUUUGACAUUGAAAAAGAUUUGAGAAUGGCGCGCCGAAAAAGAGAAGAGGCAAUCGAGAACGCAGCCACGACCCUUUUCCCAAACAUGCCAGUCAAACCCGUUCCACCGCGUGUUGAUAUCGACAGCCUUGUGGGAAAAUAUCACGCUCCAGGCUUUGGAACCUAUGAGUUCUGCCGAGCCAAGAAUAACAAUUUGCGGAAGGAACUAUUUGCCGAACGUACAGAUUUGCUAUGGAAGAGUCGGUUUACGCUUCGUCAUGCAUCAGGGAAUUUCUGGGUGAUGUUGAUCUCGCUUCUUGACGAUCCAUCCAGAUUACCAGACACGUUCUUAAGUGCCGAGUUCAGGUUUGGUAUCGAUGAUUCACCUAUUGAACUCGUUAUCGUAUUCCCGAAUGGAGAGUAUAACCGCGAGGUUAUACUGAAGAGGGAAACAUAG